AUGGAGGAGGACGGCCGGCAUAACGUAGUGGCGUGCAAGGUGAUCGACACGGCGCAGGCUCCGCGCGAGUACCUGACCAAGUUCCUCCCGCGCGAGCUGGACAUCCUCAUCAGGGUCAACCAUCCCCACAUCAUCCACGUCUCCAACAUCUUCCAGCGCCGCGCCAAGUACUUCAUAUUCCUCCGGUUCGCCGAGAACGGGGACCUCCUCGACUUUCUGACACAGAACGGCGCCGUGUCCGAAACGCAGAGCAGAUUCUGGAUGCGCCAGAUCGUGUCCGGAGUCAAUUACAUCCACACCCUCAAUAUCGCGCACAGGGAUUUGAAGUGCGAAAACAUACUGAUAACCGCCAACUAUAACGUCAAACUGACGGACUUCGGGUUCGCGCGGGUCGUGCGACAGCGGAGCCGCGAUAUCGCGAGCGACACGUACUGCGGCUCGUUGUCGUACGCGGCUCCUGAGGUCCUAAAGGGCACCCCGUACUACCCGAAGCUGUCCGACAUGUGGUCCGUGGGUAUCAUUAUGUACACGAUGCUGAACAAGGCGCUGCCGUUCAACGAAACCUCGGUAAAGAAACUUCGCGAGAAACAGGUCAUGCGCAAGUGGCGGUUUCGGUCAGGCAUUGUGAAUCAGUUGUCUAUGGAGUGCCGGAAGCAGGUGACUGACCUACUGGAGCCCGAGCCGCGGCUGCGCCCCAGCGCCGCCGCCGUGCUCGAAGGACCAUGGAUCGCCAUGGACGCAAGACUCACCAGUUAG